AUGGCUUCCAACAAGAAAAUUGUUGAUGAAGUUCCUGGUUGGAUUCGAGUUUUCGAGGAUGGAACUGUGGACCGAACUUGGACGGGUACACCAGAGAUGGAGCCCUUGUUGAAACCAGUCUCGCCCCACGAAGAAUUCAUAAAUGGGGUGGCUGUUCGUGACCAAAUUAUCGAUCCAAAAACAGGCCUUGCAGUCCGAAUUUAUGUCCCAGAAAUGAAAAGCAAUGUCCAAACCAAAGCUAAGAUACCAUUGAUCCUUCAUCUUCACGGCGGCGGCUAUUGCAUAUGCCAACCUGACUGGAGCUUAUACUACCACUUCUGUACACGACUGGUGAGCUCGGUUCAAGCUGUUUUGGUCUCCGUCUACUUUAGGCUGGCCCCCGAACAUCGGCUCCCAGUUGCCGUCGAGGAUUCUUAUGCUGCGUUGCUCUGGCUCCGUGCCAAUGCUCGCGGCGAAUUAUCUGAUCAAUGGCUCACGAGCUAUGCUGAUUUUAAUCGAGUGUUUCUGGUCGGGGAUAGCUCCGGUGGGAAUUUAGUGCAUCAAGUAGCAGCUCAAGCAGGGUUCGAUGACAUUGAGCCUUUAAGGCUAAGAGGCGGGAUAGCCAUACAACCUGGCUUCAUAUCGGACAAGCCGAGUAAGUCAUAUUUGGAAAUACCUGAAAAUCCAUUAUCAACAAGAGAAAUGAUGAAAAAGUUCACGUCAUUGGCCGUGCCUAUUGGUAGCACUGGGGAGCACCCAAUUGUGUGGCCAAUAGGUCUUCAAGCCCCACCACUAACCACUCUGAAACUUCCACCUAUGCUCGUUGUGAUGGCGGAGAUGGAUUUGCUUCGAGACUAUGAAUUGGAAUAUUGCGAGGAGAUGAAGAAAGCUGGCAAAGAAGUAGAGAUUUUUAUGAAUUAUGGAAUGAGUCACAGCUUCCAGUUUAAUAAGCUUGCCAUUGACACGGAUCCAGAGAUAGCUACCCAAACUAAUAAGAUGAUUGAGGUGAUUGUAAGUUUUAUCAGUAGGAGCUGA